GGUUCUGGCGGAGCAGACGAAGGAGGCUCAAAGGAGAACCAAAAAACUUGCAGCUCAAUGGAGUACGUCAUGCACAACAAGGAAGGAAAAAGAGCGGCGUCCAUCCUGCUGUUUAGCGACGUGACAAAUUGUAGCGAACUCCGACAGCUUGUGUUGAGCGGCUGCCUGCAAGUGUGUCUCAUCAGGGCAUCCCUUGUGGCUGACAUUUUCCAGGUGCAGUGCGCGGUUGCAAAGGCACUGGCAAAUCACUCCAGUGGGCACAUGAAAACAAGAAGCUUGCUCUCCGAGAUUCUCUAUGUUCUGGGACCCUCUGGCAGCAUUGGUGACUCACUACGCCAGAUGGGUGCUCAGGAUGCCGACACCACAAUUGUGGUGGUUCGCCUGGAUGACCCAGGAGACUGCUUCCUCAAAACACUCACGGAACGCAUUAAGGGCCGUCAGCUGCCCUUGGAUAGCAUUCCACAGUUUACCGACACUGGGGCACUCACAAAAAUGUUCAAAGUGACAGAGAAGGAACUCACUGUGGGCACUUUACUGGAUGCAGUAGUGACUCGAAUUGCUCUAAAGAACACAGUGUAGAUGUUGGGUUUAAUAAAGUAUGGGUAUACAUUUCAGGAAACAAGCAUAGUUGACCUUUUUUUUUUUUUUUUUGAAAUCAAGAAAGGAAAGCUUUGUAAUAUGUACAGGAGACUAGAUGAACAGUGUACAAGCAAACAAUCUGCACAUAGAUGUGUAUGGUAAUGAGAUUCCAUUGUUGGGCAUGUGCUAGAGUGCUUAUGAUGCAGAAUUCCCACAAAACUCUACAUGUUCCCCACAUAUUUGUUGAGCACAGCCAUCAAAGUGUGUGAAAUUUUGUUGCCCAGCUCAAAACACCGUGGCAAAGUUUGCAAGGACAAUAUUUAGAGAUUCACCCAUUGCGCGUAGCAGUGAAAUCAUCAGUCGAGUUAAACUGACUGGUAGUAUUUUCCAAGCACUUCAAUAAACAACUUCAAAAACAUUAAUGCAGUUACAACUGCAUACAUGGACUGGCAACAUAUGAUUCCCCCAGGUCUGCUAUGUCCAAAGGUAGGAGUGCAUAAAUAUUCAAAUUAUUGCGAACCAUCUAACAAGCAUUAACUUCAUUUGCUUGUCAAAAGGAAGUUUUAUCACGAACAUUCAAUGUUAAAACAAUAAGGAGCAAGUGUAUUUUGUGGUAAACCACCAUAAAUUCACAAUUAAUCAACAUUCUAAAUUACAUAAUGCUGCUGCUUGACUCUAUAAUGCACUAAUUAUGUACUCCUGUCACAUGAACACAUCAAAAGUCUUUAAGGUAAGUGGUCUUUUAGAAAGUUGAAAGACUUUUCCAUGAAGAGGCAUUGCCUCACAAACACAAGUGCUGACAAUCUCUCCUAGUAUUUUUUUUUUUUUUGAACGUGCUAACAAAAUUGUGCCGCUAGCUUUCAAAACAGAAUCAGUCCAAAUAAAAUUAUGUAUAUCAAUAUGUAAGGUAAGGUGUAGUUGGCACAGCCUUCUUCGUUGUUCUUCUGAAUGCGAAGGGCAUCCAGGUUGUCUUUCCACAGAAGUCCAUGUGUCCCUCUCCGCCCAUUGUAGGCAUUCCCUUUUUUUUUUUUUUUUUUUUCACUUAUCCAGAGCUGUUUUAUCAAUGGCGCUAGCGUGCUUUGUCCCCUGUGAUUACAAUGCGCUAAGCACCCGCACUUGAAGCCCCUAACUGUUCUUGCUUAAAAGAGUACACAAAGAAAUAAGCUUUGAAGGGUGUAUUAUGUAUUUUACGAUAUAUAAAAUUUGUUUUUGUGAUAAGCCCAUGUGAAAGAAAAAUAAACAUUUUCUAAUCA